AGGCUGGCCGCAUGCUAACCGCGUCCUAAAUGUAAAAUUGCAUCGAGUAAAAUGUAAAUUGUUGCGAAUAUGGGUCUCUCCAAAUCUCCCUGUUAACACGGCGCUGGCGAUGCUUUUCUAAAGGCAUUUUGCCCCCAUUCGGAACCAAUCUUGGAGGGCGCAGCGCGAACAAUCGCCCAAAGAAAAUCAGGAAAACAGGGAGCUUCAAUGGAUACAGUAUCAUCCUAUUCAGAAUCGUCAUCGUCACCAUCAAUUACUCCAACUCCUGAUAACACACAUGCUUCUGCAUCCAGUGAAGAUAGCAAUGCGAAAGAAAACCCAUCAAAGUUAUCAGCGUCUGCUAUAUCAUCGUGGGCUAGAAGUCUCAGGAUAACGCAGCCCGUGCUGGGAGAUGAAACACAAUCUAAUAAUUCUGGGAAGUUGACUUUCAGUCGGUUUACGAGCGGUUUUGGACUGCGCACAUCACCCAAAGCUUUUGCAGCAGAUGAGGGUUCUGAGGGCACUUCAGCAACAACUCCAACAAUGACACAAUCUGGUGUUUUUGGAUCCAUCACAAAGGGAUUGGUUGAUUCCUCUAGAAAUGCUGUCAAGGCUGUGCAGGUCAAGGCACGCCACAUUGUGUCACAGAAUAAGCGGAGAUACCAGGAAGAUGGAUUUGAUUUGGAUAUGACGUAUAUUACAGAGAACGUUAUUGCUAUGGGUUUCCCAGCCGGGGAUUUGAGUUCUGGUAUUCUUGGAUAUGUCGAGGGAUUCUAUAGAAACCACAUGGAAGAAGUUAUUAAGUUUUUUGAAACUCACCACAAGGGAAAGUACAAAGUGUACAAUCUUUGUUUGGAAAGGCUGUAUGAUGCCUCACUAUUUGAGGGGAAGGUAGCUUGUUUCCCGUUUGAUGACCAUAAUUGUCCUCCUAUUCAACUUAUAAUUUCAUUUUGUCAAAGUGCUUACUUAUGGCUGAAAGAAGAUAUCGAAAAUGUUGUUGUUGUUCACUGCAAAGCUGGUAUGGCAAGGACAGGUCUAAUGAUAUCAAGUCUUCUUUUAUAUUUGAAGUUCUUUCCCACAGCUGAAGAGUCGAUUGCAUACUACAAUCAGAAACGCUGUGUGGACGGGAAGGGGCUUGUUCUCCCUAGUCAGAUUCGUUAUGUAAAAUAUUUUGAGCGCAUUUUAACUUACUUCAAUGGUGAAAAUCAGCCUGGGCGAAGGUGCAUGCUUAGGGGCUUCCGUCUUCAUAGGUGUCCAUACUGGAUUCGGCCUUCCAUUACAGUCUCUGAUCAUAAUGGUGUGCUCUUUUCAACCAAAAGGCAUCCGAGGACAAAGGAUAUGAUGCCUGAAGAUUUCUGGUUUAGUGCACCAAGGAAGGGAAUAAUGGUGUUUGCCCUACCUGGGGAACGGGGAUUGACAGAGGUGGCAGGUGACUUCAAAAUCCAUUUUCAUGAUCGACAAGGAGAUUUCUAUUGCUGGUUGAAUACGACAAUGAUGGAGAACAGGAAAAUGUUGACCACCCCAGAUCUAGAUGGUUUUGAUAAGAGGAAAUUGCCUUCACCAGGGUUUCAAGUAGAGGUUGUAUUAAUGGAUUAUGAUGCCUCCAUCCUUGCAAACCCAAAAGCGGAAAAUAACACCAAGGAAUCAGAUAGUAACACGAACAUAGGGUCAGGAGGUACUACUACUAGUUCUACUACUACAACUGCUACUCCACUUGGGGAUGGAGGAGAGCCUAUUCCAAACCUGAGUAACGAAGAAGCUACCAGAAUGCAAGUGAAAGACGAUAUUUUUUCAGAUAGUGAAGCUGAAGAGAUUGGAUCUUCAAAGGGAAGGCAAUCACGAGUGGGUAGACAAGAACGAGGGGGCCCUGCUGCUCCUGCAGCUCGACCCUCUGCUGAGCUCCCUACCCAGAAGGAGACUGUUGCAAAUGUAACAAAUGCAGAGGGAACCAAGCAAUCUUUGGUGAGAAAUGAAGCCGCAGUCCAUGUUUCUAGUGGGGAGCCUAAGAUGGAAGAGAGUGUGCCUUUUGAGGCAGCAAAAAUGGAUUCUGUUGAGGGAAGUGAUUUCAAGGCAAUGGCAGCUGAUGCAUCUGUUUUCACUUUUGGGGAUGAUGAAGACUAUGAGAGUGAGUGAGUGUGCUACUCCCGGUGUACCAUUGACUUCAGAAUUUGUUCUAUUGUUGAACUUUUUGUACAUAAAGAAGAUUUGAUUUGUUAGGACUUUGUUGUGGAGAAGCUCAUGUUGCUUGUCUUCUUAGGCAGCGCAAGAGAAGCAUGGGAUUUAUCUGCAAUGAAACUUGUGAAAAAUUCAUUUUAGUUCUUAGCCAUAUUUUGUUAACUGUGCAGCUGCAGUAUGAAUAAGGCACUGCACAAGUAUACCAUAGCUGACUACUGUUCACAUCGUCUUUCUCUGUAUUCUUUAUUUGAUAAUAUUGAUGAGCGCGUGUUAAAUG